AUGGGAAACAGAUCAAGCUCCCUAAAAAAUUUCGAUGUAGACGAUUCGAAAAAAUUUCCACAUUUUGCAAUUAAAGAUUUACAGGAAUGGUCAUCAGAAUUUAAUACAAAAUAUCCCAAUGGGAAAAUGAGUUUACAAGAUUUAGAAAUAAUGUUUAAAAGAUUCUUUCCAUUUGGAUCUCCU